AUGGCUCCAACUACGCAACACAACCUGGAGGCACUACCACCUGAUGGCAUGGAAGUGGUCCAACCGGGCUUGGAGCCGGUUGCAUCACAAGGCGAUUUCAGGUAUUCCCAAGAUAAAUAUGUUCCUCCUCCAGCACAAACGAUAUGCGGUGUACGCAAGACAAUCUUUUGGCCGGUGAUAGCUGCGGCGCUUGUGGUAGUUGCGGUGGGCAUGGCCGUUGGGCUCGGAGUGGGAUUGUCCCAAGCCCGUAACAGCGCGCCUACAGUCACAGUCGUAUCUAACUCUGCAGGAGACGUAGGCUCCGUAAUGCCUUCGAUGACCGUGCCGUCAAACACCCCAUUCGCAUCAGAGACACCGUCAUCCACCACCCGACCGCUACCGCCAGGUGAAACGCGAGCCCCAGAAGGCGUCUGUCCCUCUAAGAACAACACCAUCAUCGAACGAAACCUCGGCGAAAAGAGCUACCGCAUCCUUUGCGAUUCCGACUUUGGUGGUGGGAAACAAACAUUAGCCUCUGCUUACAUGCCGACGUUCGAGGACUGCUUGGAUUUGUGCAAUACGAUGAAUUACUUUCAGAAUCGCGCUGAUAUUGGCUGCACUUACAACGUCGUGGGCUCGGGCCAGCAGAGACCAGGCACCUGCUGGUGCCUUGGCGGUAGGGACAAGCGGGUCGAGAGGAAUGUUGGGAACGAAAUCGCCGCGCCUUUGUGA